UCCGAACAGUGGAAAAGAACGGUAACGUCGUAUCCGUUUUGUUCGAGCAAAAUCGUGCGUUAAACUGUGCUGAGCCUCAGCGGAAGUGCUUUCAACGUGCUGGUCAACGUUUUCGCUACGGCGACGGGGUGUUUGCAGAGACUGUCGGUGUGCGGAUAAGGCGACUAGUACAUCGCGUAUCCUUCGACAGCACGGGCAAAAAGGAGAAAAGGCAGCAGCAGCAGCAGCAGCAGGCACAGCAGUCAGCGUCUGUCAGUGUGUGCGUGCCCGUCGGUGUGAGUGUAUCUCUGUGUUGUAAUCGCAUCGCGUCUGUGCGCGCUGAUCAAGAGGAAGAUCAGCCAUCGUGUGAAACGCACAUAAUUCGCGGCCGAACAAAAGGCAUAUUACAGAAGCGAGAGUGAAAUUCCUGCUUUCGUGGAAAAUUACUGUGAACUUAUUGUGCUUCGAGACAACCGUGUGCAGUUAAAUUGGAAAAAGACGCAGUCACUUCGGGACAAACAGAAACUUUAUACCCACUUUCUCGAUCGUCGGUGUACGCAUAACCAUUUGCAGCACCAGCUCUCCACUGUAGAAGGUGGUCUUUCUUUCGUCCCUAAACCAACGGUGGAAGAAACGCAACAAAAUCAUACGCACGCUCAUUGUAAUAUGAGUAAUGCUAUUAACCAAAAUGGUACAGGUCUAGAGCAGCAGUUUGCUGGUCUGGACUUGCAGCAGCAGCAGCUAGGCGGUGGUGGCGGCAUUCAAGAAUCUGGCAACCAAAAGUUUGCUGCCGCGCGCUACAUUCCGCCGCAGAUGCGAGAAUGUUCUGAUGGUGGCGGCGAGUUUCUACCUGAUUCCGGUGCCGGCUCCGGAGCUCUAGGUGGCGGUGGUGGUGGCGGCGGCGGCGGUGGCAGACGCGGUUACGGCGACUCGAAUCGCAAUCGCGGCGGUGGCGACUUCGGACGCUACAACGAUCGCGACAACUUUAACCGGGGCGGAGACUACAAUAGGCGCAGCGGCGGCGGCGGCGGUGGCGGUGGUCGCUAUCAGAACGAUCGUCGUGGCGGUGACUUCGGCAACUAUGGGCGUGGCGGUGGCGACCGGGGCUACAAUGGUGGCGGCGGCGGCUACUCGGGAGGAGGCUAUCAGAAUGGUGACGGUUACGGAGGUGAUCGGCGCGGAGGGGACAACUGGCCGGCGUACGGUGGUGGUGGCGGUCGUGGCGGUGCGCCCGGUGGAGGGCCACCUGGUGCCGGUGGCCGUGAUCGGGGCAUGGACGGUGCUGCCCCACCGAUCACCGGCAACGAUCGCUGGCCCGAGCCGGAAACGGCGGGACAGCAGCAGCAGCAGCAACAGCAGUCAUCGCCGCAGCCACCGAUCGCUGGUGGGGACGGCGGCGGUGGCAGCAAUGGCCGCGGAUUCUACGACCGAGGAUCGAACGGCGGUGGCGGCGGCGGCGGAGGAGCGCCUGGCGGCGGUGGAGGACGCUGGCCGACGACCGAUCGACGAGAUGGUGGACGUGACGGACGCGGAGGCGGCGGCGGUGGCACUGGCGGCGGAAUGGGCCGCGGUCAGGUGGACUACACACAGCUCACGGAGCGCGACGAGCGGAUGGAGGGGGAGCUGUUCAAACACGGCAACACCGGUAUCAAUUUCAGCAAGUACGAAGAUAUUCCCGUGGAGGCGACGGGUGACGAUGUGCCGGGCCACAUCAACACGUUCGACGACAUUGAGCUGACAGAGAUCAUCGACAACAACGUGAAGCUGGCGCGCUACGACAAGCCGACGCCGGUGCAGAAGUACGCGAUCCCGAUCAUUCUGGCCGGGCGCGAUCUGAUGGCGUGCGCCCAGACCGGGUCGGGCAAGACGGCCGCCUUCCUGCUGCCGAUCCUGAACCAGAUGUACAAGCACGGGGUCUCGCAGCCGCCCCCGAACCGGCCGGUGAACCGGCGCAAGCAGUACCCGCUCGGGUUGGUGCUGGCACCGACGCGCGAGCUCGCGACGCAGAUCUUCGAGGAGUCGAAGAAGUUCUGCUACCGCUCGCGCAUGCGCCCCGCCGUCCUGUACGGGGGCAACAACACGCACGAGCAGAUGCGUGAGCUGGACCGCGGCUGCCACCUGAUCGUGGCCACGCCCGGCCGGCUGGAGGACAUGAUUACGCGCGGCAAGGUCGGUCUGGACAACAUCCGGUUCCUGGUGCUGGACGAGGCCGACCGGAUGCUGGACAUGGGCUUCGAGCCGCAAAUCCGGCGCAUCGUCGAGGACAGCAAGAUGCCGGUGACGGGCGAGCGGCAGACGCUCAUGUUUUCGGCCACCUUCCCGAAGGCGAUCCAGGAACUGGCCAGUGACUUCCUGUACCGCUACAUCUUCCUGGCGGUCGGGCGCGUCGGUUCGACCUCGGUCAACAUCACGCAGACGAUCUUCUGGGUGGAGGAGAACAUCAAGCGCUCGCACCUGCUCGACCUGCUGUCGACCAUCACGGUGCAGAACGAGGCCGACCCGGCGAACAGCCUGACGCUGAUUUUCGUCGAGACGAAGAAGGCGGCCGACUCGCUGGAGGAGUUCCUGUACGGGUACGACUAUCCGGUCACCAGCAUCCACGGCGAUCGCACGCAGGACGAGCGCGAGGAGGCCCUGCGGCUGUUCCGGUGCGGCCGCUGCCCGAUUCUGGUGGCGACGGCCGUGGCGGCCCGCGGUCUGGACAUUCCGAACGUGAAGCACGUCAUCAACUUCGAUCUGCCGUCCGAGGUGGAGGAGUACGUGCACCGCAUCGGGCGUACCGGGCGCAUGGGUAACCUCGGUACGGCCACCUCGUUCUUCAACGAGAAAAACCGCAACGUGGCGAACGGCUUGGUGCGGCUGCUGGCCGAAACGGGACAGGACAUUCCCGGCUUCCUGGAGGACAUGACCUCGGGCCGCGGGUACGGGGGCGGAAGUCGCCGCGGUGGUGGCGGCAGCCGCUACGGAGGAGGAGCGGCCCGCAGCGGUGGCUCCUCGUUCGGCUCGCGAGAUUACCGUCAGACGAACCCCACGCGUCCGAGUGCCGGAUCGCGCGAUCAUCGUCCGGCCGGUGGUGGUGGCGGUGGCGGCGGUGCCGUAUCGCGUGGCUACGGUGGUGCUGGUGGUGGUGGCGGUUAUGGCGAUCGUGAUGAUGGCUACGGACGCAAUGGCAUGGGCGGCGGCAACUACGGUGGAAGCUACAGCAACAACGACAGCAACAGUGUCGAUUGGUGGGGUGACGGCCACUGAAAUCGCCUGGCGAGCAGCACUGCUUCCGGCGCGGUGCGCGCCCCGGAGCCAACGACCGACAGUGCAGUAACAGUAACAACUACUACAGAAUGCUAAACUCUAGUACUAAUAAUUGUAGCCUCCCACACCCGCGCGCAACCACAUACACGCAAAUACACGUACAAAACACACACAUCCACACAGACACACAGACACACCUUCCCGCGCCACUCAAGCACCUCCGGGUAAUCCGCCACGACGACACCGGGCAAAGACGAAUGAUGGUGGCCAAUGUCGACGACGAUGUAAAAGAAAAAGCAGUCGGAGAAGAAUGUAAUGCGACAAAAAUAAUAUCUAAACUCUUCUCAAAUGAACAGAGAAAAACAGAACCGCUCGGCUCGCGAUACGUAACCCGCCCCGGCGGGCCAAGAUCAAUGAAGUGAAGCACCUUUUACUAGAUCUUUGCGUGUAACUAGGUGACAUCAUACAUUUACAGAGAGAGAGAGAGAGAGCCCGACGACGCGGCGCUACGCUACGAGAUCAGUAUAUGCAAAUGUCAUCUCCCGACGAUGGCCACCGAGCAGUGAUGGGAUGGGGCGAAACAGAUAGAUUUAAAGGAGAAAUGUGGCGCGUGCGCCCCCCUCAUUUCCAUGAUUUACAAGACCGUCAACCAGUACAGUAAGGGCUUAGUGUAGUAACUGCUGCGCGCGGAUCUGUCACAACAAAAUGGAAGACGACGACGACGGAUAAAGGAAACUGGAUUAAUUCCCCCCCCCCGGUAGUAUAUUAUUGCUGUCUCACUCGUAGGGUACGAAAAGAGAGAAAGAAUGAGAGAGAGCAGAGGUAAAAACACUGAAAGAACGAACGACGACGAACGGCCACUAGGUUUGAAUGUGCCGCUUGGAACGGUUUGGGGCAGCACCACCAACACGCACCAACGUGUUUGUUGAGCGGAAGCAGGACUCUCCGUUUCACAACAGUCCGUUGAUAGUAUACGCCAGCAGAGGCGCCAAGCAAAGUGAUAGCGAAUGUGCGAUCGCGGUAAUCGGCCACACUCUGGUGGCUUGGCCCGUCAAGCGAUCAAAACGCCGAUUGAAAAUGAAUCGAGAGAAUCAGACUUAAUUGCUGUGUGUGUGAGAAGAAAAUGUAGGAACGCGACAGAGAUCGCCCGACGCGUGUGUGAUCUAUCAACGUGCACGCGAAACGCAAGUGCUCCGGAAAUCGGCCGAUUUCCGAACACCACUGCUCCAAUCGCCAAUAUCGUCGUUCACUGAAGUGUGUGUGUGUGUGUGUGUCGGUGGUAUCGAAUCUGAGUUCCGAAGAAGAAAUCGUAAAUAAAACUCGUUCAAACCGCGAAGGCUUAGCAUUAUUUUGCGUUGUGGCCGAGAGAGAGAGAGAGAGAUCAAGUCACGCGGAUAAAGGUGCACCGUGUUUUCCCACGUACACAACCCACUAUACCCAGACACUCGCGCCACUGCGAAGGCGCUCCCACACACCGAUGGCAACAGCAUAGGAAAAUGAAAUAAAAAAUGACCAUAGCACACAGGGGAAGCUAUCCUUCUCCUCUAUAUCUCUCUCUCAAAGGGUUGUCCUUUCGUCGUGUGACCCGUCGUGGGGAUCCAAUCUGCCAAUGCACCAAUGAGAUAGUAGCUGUGUGUAAAUCUCGUGACCCACAAAAUCGGAAGGAAUCGAAAGGGAAUCCAACAGCGUACGGAUCCGAUUGCGGAUGAUGCACGGCGCAAAUUAAAAUACGAUCCACACGGACGAGUUAGAGCUACGAAGAGUGGGGGCUACGGCGCAUGGGAGUAGGGCAAAGAUCACCGCACGGCGUGUGCUAUAGGUCACCGGUACACCAGCAAAACUGUAGCGAGGACGCGCGCAUGGUCAUGUCUUAUGAUGAUGGAUGAUCUAACUCGUAGCGGCGUACGGGGCGGUUGGGUAUGGAAUGAUGAUAACAAAUAAAGAGAUUGCGUAUGGCU